UGUGGGGCGCGCCCGCACGCGCGCGCCACCGCCCGGGCUGCCCCCUCCCGCCGCCUCACUCCUCCCCAAGAUGGCGGCCGCGGCGCUGCUCCGGGGUGCGGCUCCAGGGCGCGGCGGCCAGGCCUGGAGCUGGAGGCUGCGCCCGGCCCCGAGGCGCCGCCUGGGCCACAGCUCCUGCUGUCAGAGUGGUGAGACCGCUGGCCGCGCGGCCUGGGCCUGCUUCCUACUGGGCGAGCGCGCCCUCUUGCGCGUGCGCGGGCCGGACUCAGCGCCCUUUCUCCUGGGUCUGCUGACCAAUGAGCUGCCGCUUCCGGGUCCUGCGGUUGGCGAGGCCUCUACCUCUGCGCGCGCGGGCUACGCCCACUUUCUCAAUGUCCAGGGACGCACCCUCUAUGACGUCAUUCUGUACGGGCUCCCUGAGCACUCCAGUGAGCAGCCCACUUUCCUCCUGGAGUGCGACAGCUCAGUGCUGGAUGUGCUGCAGAGGCACCUGGUACUGCACAAGAUCCGGCGGAGGGUCACGGUGGAGCCGUGCCCCGAGCUACGCGUGUGGGCCGUGCUGCCCUGUGCCCCUGAGGAGGCUGGCAGGGCUGUGCCACUUGAGGCGAAGGCUGAGUGUACCACCAUCCUCACCCGUGAUCCCCGGACUGCCUGCAUGGGCUGGCGGCUCCUCUCCCAGGAUGAGGGCUCAGCCCUGGUGCCCGGGGGCCGUCCUGGGGACCUCCAGGAUUAUCACCGGCACCGGUACCAGCAAGGUGUUCCCGAGGGCGUCCACGACCUGCCCCCAGGAGUAGCCCUGCCCCUGGAGUCUAACCUGGCCUUCAUGAACGGCAUCAGCUUCACCAAGGGCUGCUACAUCGGUCAGGAGCUGACGGCUCGCACCCACCACAUGGGUGUCAUCCGAAAGCGCCUCUUCCCAGUACGGCUCUCAGGCCGCCUCCCCGUGGGCAGCAUUGCCCCCGGCACCUCUGUGCUCACUGAGGCAGGGCAGGCAGCCGGCAAGUACAGGGCCGGCCUGGGGGACGUGGGUCUGGCUCUGCUGCGGUCCGAGAAAAUCAAGGGUCCUCUGCAUAUCAGAACCUCUGAGAGUGGCCUUGUGGCGCUAACUGCGUCUGUGCCAGACUGGUGGCCCACAGCCACCAAGUAGCCCUGGGUGUCCCUGCGCUCCUGCACAGGGCCUCUGUUUAUCUGCUGCACCCUGCAGGCCAGCCCCCACUUCCUAGGGUGGCCCAGUUGAACGAACACCCCCUUGGAGGGUCCCCAGGUUUCUGCGGGCCUCCCAGAGCCGCAGGCAUGGCGGGCGUGCUGCUGCGGCCCAGGUGUCCCCAGCCCACCAUGCUUCCUGUGGAGGGUCCUACGCGCAGGGUGGCUGGCCUCUCCUGGUGGCUUUGUGACUGGAGCAUCAAGAGCCCUCCUGAGGAUGGGGGUGGGGCGUGGGGGGCCAGGUAGAAGUGAGCCGAGCACCUGCCUCUGUGCUGAGCAGAACCCCAGCUUCCACCAGACCCUGGAUGAGAUUCCAAACCGUCUAGAUCUGGAGGUGGUUCAUCCAUCAACCAAGGACAGGAUGCUCCAGGAUGCCUCUGGGCUGCCUGCACCCCUCUGAGCCUGCUUGGGCAGGCCUGGGAAGGAGGCUUCUCAGUGUCUGGGGUGGCUGAAGGGGCAAGUGGGCUCUGGGAGUUGUCUUACAUGUUGGCUUGGGGGCAUGUCUCAGGGUGGGAGUCUUGUGGGGCCAGGUGGAGUGGUGGUGUCUGUGAGUGGAGGUGCAUGCACUGCUCACACCCCCCUGAGUCCUCCCAAGUGUACCUCUGUGCUCAGGGGCACCAGCUGGGGUAGCCCCAAUACCAUCUUAUGCCAGGGCACCACAUCUCCACAGCUUCCGCCCCACGGGGCAUUGGCAGCCCCCUCCUCCCCCCGUAGCCCUCAUAAGCUCAGGGUAGGAGUGGCUGCCCUGGGAUGGCAGUGCCCAGAGUGCAGAGAGGAGCUUCUGUUUGGUUUACUUGCUGCUGUUUUCUGAUGUAGUCAUGUCUUCACAGUAAGGGGCUGACUUACUUCCCCAGUUUAAACCACUGACUUCCGUUUUCCCACUGCAAUGUGAAUCUCUUGGUUACUGGGUGUCCUACCUGAUAACCCAGAGUGGCUAUUAAAGUGUGACCUACAAUUAGCCCAUGUAGAUCUCUGGUUUCUUCUUUUUUUUUCCCCCUUAACUUUACUUAUUUAUUUGUUUAUUUAUUUAUUUAUUUAUUUAUAAUUUUUAUUGGAGUAUAGUUGAUUUACAGUUGUGUUAUUUUCUGCUGUAUAGCAAAGUGAAUCUGUUAUAUAUAUACACAUAUUCACUCUUUUUUAGAUUCUUUUUCCAUAUAGGUCGUUACAUAGUAUUGAGAAGAGUUCCCUGUGCUGUAUAGUAGGUCCUUAUUAGUUAUCUGUUUUAUAUAUAGUAGUGUGUAUAUGUCAAUCCCAAUCUCCCAAUUUAUCUUCCCCCACCCCACCCCACCCUGCCGCUUUCCCCCUGGUAACCUUAAGUUUGGUUUCCACAUCUGUGACUUUAUUUCUAUUCUGUAAGUAAGUUCAUUUGUACCACUUUUUUUUUUUUUAGAUUCCACAUAUAAGUGAUAUCGUAUGAUAUUUGUCUUUCUGUGUCUGACUUAACUUCACUCAGUAUGACAAUCUCUAGGUCCAUCCAUGUUGCUGCAAAUGGCAUUAUUUCAUUCUCUUUUUUAUGGCUGAAUAUUCCAUUGUAUAUAUGUAGCACAGCUUUUUGUUUUUUAAAGAUUUCAGCAAAUUUAUACAAUAUAUAUUGAGCACUAAUUCCUGUACAGCUUAUUCUUAACUAGUUUGGAUCCAGCUAUUCCAGUGUAUUAUGAACCACUCAGCUGUCCGUGUCUUUUAAAACAAGUCUCAACUGAACAGUCACAGCAAAAGCCAUGGAAUAAUGGAAGAAUUAGAUGUUUCCAUGAUAAUUAAGACCAAGGAUCCAUGAGGGGCAGGAGAGAGCAUUUAAGGUUAAAACUCAAGUUUUCUACCUUGGUUAGAUAGUAACUGAAAUGGAAUCUUAGAAUUCCCAACUCUUAUUUGGUGUAGUAAUAAGAUACAAAAAAGGUAGGAGGAGGUGUGUCACAGCUUAUUUUCCUAAAUGGAAGCCUUCACCAAAAGAGGUUCGGAGACUUCAAGGCAAGUUCUUUCUCCAAAAUGAAUAAAUGACAUCAGUUUUAAUUCUUACUGAGGUUACAAACCAACCCUCAGGAUAUUAUUAACUCAUGUCUAGGAGGGAAAUUGGGAGGUAGGGAGAGGUAACGCCUCAUCAGAGAAAGCAAGUUUCAAGUAGGGAGACAGCUAGCUUCUGCCCUGAAGUUAUUGCUAGCUUGUAACUGAGCUGCCUGUAUGUAGACCAGUUUCACAGUGGAACUGAGGAGUAGCUGAAUCCUUUGUUAAACUGGUAGGCACUGUAAACUAUAGUAUUUACUGUCCAGCAGAAAGGCGAAAGAUGGUGUCUUUAUAGGGAAAUCGCUUGAUUCCCCCAGUUCCUACACAGGCUGCAGCCCAGAAUCAGAUCAUCCAGGACUUGGAAUAAUGUCAAGGUAAGUGACCCAGUGCUCAACCGACCACCGCUUUAUAAAAUUAUUUCACUCCCCCGAAAGGAGUUAGUGGCUGAUGGAGAGAAAGCGUUGAGCAUGUCUGUACCGGUGAACAGGUCCCCUUAGAGGUUUCCCACUGCUUUCCAAAGUCACGAUUGGUUCUUCUAGUCUGAGAGAUCUUGACUGCAUGGGGUGGGGUGGGGGGUGACUGCCAAGCCCCCCAGGUGUUCAAGGGUCUGCAUAGCUCAUCCAGUGGUAAUGGUGGCACAUACAGCUCUUCUCAUAGUGCCUAGUAUGCAUGUGUGUGCUUGGCCAAGCUUCUCCAGCAAACUUAAACUCUUCUAGUGGUGACAAGACCCUAAGAGGGCUCAAGAACACCUACUCAUCGCAAGGUCCUUCCUAAAGGGCCUAGAGGAUGCUGCUUCCUGGCCCUAAAUCAGUAGGCUGAGAAAGGAAAUGGGAGUAGGGAGUCCCCAUCAACCUGGGGAACUAAGACUUCUAGCUGUCUGCUCAAGGGCUGAAUCCAGCCGUGUUCAGUGCCUUCUGAUACCUCUUAGGUGCUCUGUCGUACAUACCCAGUCUCCAGGAACUUCAUGAGAAGUCUGGUGAGAGAAGAGUAAGGCUCUUUGCCUAAGUCUCUGUGAGACCGUGUUUAAAACCUCCAUGGGAAAGAGGGACAUGCUCGGGGGAAAGUGGUUCAAGGCUGUCUGUUAGAUAAGUCAAAGCCAAGCAGAAAGCCAUUGCUUCCACCCGACACUUUCCCUUUUCUCAUAAACUAAAAUUAAGGGUGGCACAAAGUCAGGCCCCAAGAGAAGAAGCAGAGAUGGUCCAUGCACCAUCUCUCACACAGAGACUGGAAUUUCCCAACAGUCUGAAAGCCAGAUGCUUUAUUGCCUCCCAAGGUCAGGUCAGGAGACUUGAGAGCUUCCAAUCCCAGCACUUAAGGAGCAACUCUUAAUGACUUCAAGUUUUUUUUCAAUAGCAUUUGUGUUUCAUUUCUCACCAGAAAUAAGUUUACUGGUCCAAAUUCUGUCCUGAGGAGGAUCACUGUUGGUGUGGUAAGCUAACAUCUCUUUGGUCUGAAGAAACAAAUGGAUUUCCGAUAAUGUAGCAAGAGACUUUAGCAAAGGUCGGUUAUGGCACAGAAAGCCAGAGAGACCAGAAGUGAAUCCAGAUGUACUUGGGAAGAAGGGAGCCAUUUCUACCAGAUCUUCUGAUGGGUGAAACAGAAACAUGCAGCUCAGGGGGAUGGGAGGGCUACAGGAGGAAGGGUGAAUCUGUUUAGAUUCUUAGAGGAAGGGAGGAAGAUAUGGUGCAGGUUCCAGAAAGUCGUCUCUUCAUCAGUUACCAUCAUCACCCCAAGGUCAUUGAAACAGGGACUUGCCCUUGUGAUCUGUACUAGUUCCCACUGGCCUCGGGCUCUGCCAGUCACAAAGUGCACCUCUGAAGCAAGACAGGCAUGCCCAGAGGUGACAGCAUCUUUGCUUGCCCUGGUCUUGGGAACGCUGCAGAUUUUCUUGUUAGCCUGCCCCUCCACAAGCUGGCCAACUGUGGGCUCAGACACCUCAAGCUGUAUCCCUGUAAGGCACUGAUGAAGCCAGUACAAGCCCUCAGGAUUGGACGAUGUUCAUGGCUCAGAUCACGUACUGCCGGCAGAUGGGACACUCGUUUGUGUGCUUGCCACACUUGGUACAGGUGACCAUGUGACCGCAGCCCAGCAGGACACAGUCGAUGCGGGAGUCCAUGCAGAUGCAGCGCAGGUUCUCUCCAGGCUGGCUGGCACUGCUCCCCGUUUUGGUCUUCAGCACCACACACCAGGUGCUGGAGUCCCUUCUCACCCUUGUGCAGCCGCGUCACCCUCUCCCUCAGCUCCCACUUCUCAUAGCAGCCCUUGUGGUUGAUGAGGUUGUGAGCUAGGAUCGCUUUGUGAUGCUGCACAGUCAGAAGUUCUGUGUCCUCCAGGUUGGUCAGGUCAGACAGAGGGGCCUUCUGGCCCAGGACGAAGCUGUCCUCUCAGUCAGCGGACUGGGUCUCAUCCUCAGCAGGUGCUCUGGCUGUGCUCUCCGGAUAGACAGCUUCCUCUUGGUCCUGAAACACAUGGUCAUUGGCCUUCCUGGGUAUGCUUCUGGAGUGGGUCCCACAGGCCUUGCAGUUUGGUUCUGAGCCCGUGGGGAAGGGAAGGAGCUGUACCUACGGUUGGAAUAGGCCUGCAUCCUGGCUUCCUGGGGCGGUGGGGCCUCCUCAAGCUGUCUAUCCAGGCAGAACCAGUUGCAGCCGGUUGCCCACAUGAUAACAUCUGGGAGGGGACAGGAGGGCCCAGAUACGGGCUGCGGACCCCUCAGUCAGGGGAGCUGCAAGCUGUGCCAUGGCGACAUCUCCGGGGCUGAGGGGCACUGGGGGGCAGUCACGACAUCCUCGCAGGCGGCUGUACAGCAUCUUUAUCCAUUCCUUAUUGAUGGACAUUUAGGUUGCUUCCAUGUCCUGCCUAUUGUAAAUAGUGCUGCAGUGAACAUUGAGGUGCAUGUGUCGUUUCGAAUUAUGGUUUUCUCAGGGUAUAUGCCCAGGAGUGGGAUUGCUGGGUCAUAUGGUAGUUCUAUUUUUAGUUUUUAAAGGAACCUCCAUACUGUUCUCCAUUGUGGCUGUACCAAUUUACAUUCCCACCAACAGUGCAGGAGGGUUCCCUUCUCUCCACACCCUCUCCAGCACUGACUGACUGUAGAUUUUUUUUGAUAAUGGCCAUUCUGACUGGUGAGAGGUGAUACUAUAUUGUAGUUUUGAUUUGUAUUUCUCUAAUAAUUAAUGAUGUUGAGCAUCUUUUCAUGCCAUCUGUAUGUCUUUUUUGGAGAGAUGUCUAUUUAGAUCUUCCACCCAUUUUUUUAUUGGGUGGGUUUUUUUUUUCAUAUUGAGCUAUGAGCUGUUUGUAUAUUUUGGAGAUUAAUCCCUUGUCAGUCGCUUCAUUUGCAAAUAUUUUCUCACAUUCUGAGGGUUGUCUUUUCGUUUUGUUUAUGGUUUCCUUUGCUGUGCAAACGAUCUCAUUUGUUUAUUUUUGUUUUUAUUUUCUUUGCUCUAGGAGAUAUGUCAAAAAAGAUCUUGCUGCGAUUUAUGCCGAGACUGUUCUGCCUAUGUUUUCCUCUAAGAGUUUUAUAGUAUCCGGCCUUACAUUUAGGUCUGUAAUCCAUUUUGAGUUUAUUUUUGUGUAUGGUGUUAGGGAGUGUUCUAAUUCCAUUCUUUUACAUGUAGCUGUCCAGUUUUCCCAGCACCACUUAUUGAAGAGACUAUCUUUUCUCCAUUGUAUAUUCUUGCCUCCUUUGUCAUACAUUAGGUGACCAUAGGUGCAUGGGUUUAUCUCUGGACUUUCUAUCCUGUUCCAUUGGUCUAUCCUUCUGUUUUUGUGCUAGUACCAUACUGUGUUUUUGUUUGUUUUGUUUUUUGUUUUUGUUUUUGGCCAUGCCACGUGGCAUGCCAGAUCUCUUCCCCCAACCAGGGAUUGAACCCAUGCCCCCUACAGUCGAAGUGCAGAGUCCUAACCAUGGGACUGCCAGGGAAUUCCCAGUACCAUACUGUUUUGAUUAAUGUAGCCUUGUGUUUAGCCUGACAUCAGGGAGCCUGAUUCCUCUAGCUCCAUUUUACUUUCUCAAGAUUGCUUUCGCUAUUUGGGGUCUUUUGUGUUUCCAUCCAAAUUGUAAACUUUUUUGUUCUAAUUCUGUAAAAAAUGCCAUUGAUAAUUUGAUAGGGAUUACACUGAAUCUGUAGAUUGCUUCGAUGGUCAUUUUGACAGUAGUGAUUCUUCCAAUCCAAGAACAUGGUAUCUUUGAUUUCAUGGUGUCAUCUUUGACUUCUUUCAUCAGUGUCUUAUAGUUUUCUGAGUGCAGGUCUUUUGCCUCCUUAGGUAGGUUUAUUCCUAGGUAUUUUAUUUUAUUUUUAUGUGAAGGUAAAUGGGAUUAUUUCCUUAAUUUCUCUUUCUGAUCUUUCAUUGUUAGUGUAUAGGAAUGCAAGAGAUUUCUGUGCAUUGAUUUUGUAUCCUGCAGUCUUACCAAAGUCAUUGAUGAGCUCUGGUAGUUUUCUGGUAAUGUCUUUAGGAUUUUCUGUGUAUAGUACCAUGUUAUCUGCAAACAGUGACAGUUUUACUUCUUUUCCAAUUUGAAUUCCUUUUGUUUCUUUUUCUUCUCUGGUUUCUGUGGUUAGGACUUCUAAAAUUAUGUUGAAUAAAAGUGGUAAUAGUGGACAUCUUUGUCUUGUUCCUGAUCUUAGAGGAAAUGCUUUCAGCUUUUCACCAUUGAGGAUGAUGUUGGCUAUGGGUUUGUCAUUAUGGCCUUUAUUAUGUUGAGGAAGGUUCCCUCUAUGCCCACUUUCUGGAGAGUUUUUAUCAUAAAUGGGUGUUGAAUUUUGUCAAAAGCUUUUUCUGCAUCUGUUGAGAUUAUUAUAUGGUUUUUAUUCUUCAGUUUGUUAACCUGAUGUAUCACAUUGAUUGAUUUGUGUAUAAUUGAAGAAUCUUUGCAUCCCUGGGAUAAAGUCCACUUGAUCAUGGUGUAUGAUCCUUUUAAUGUGUUGUUGGAUUCAGAUUGAUAGUAUUUUGUUGAGGAUUUUUGUGUCUAUGUUCAUCAGUGAUAUUGGCCUGUAAUUUCCUUUCUUGUCUGUCUGUCUGUCUGUCUGUCUGUCUUCCUUCCUUCCUUCCUUCCUUCCUUCUUUCUUUCUUUCUUUCUCUCUCUCUUUCUCUCUUUCUCUCUCUUUCUCUCUCUCUCUCUCUCCCUCCCUCCCUCCCUCCCUUCCUUUCUUUCUUUCUUUUUUUUGGAUAUCUUUGUCUUGUUUUGGUAAUAGGGUGAUGGUGGCCUCGUAGAAUGCACUUGGGAGUGUUCCUUCUCUGCAGUUUUUUGGAAGAGUUUCAGAAGGGUAGGUGUUAGCUCUUUUCUAUAUGUUUUAUAGAAUUUGCCUGUGAAGCCAUCUGGUCCUGGACUUUUGUUUGUUGUGAGUUUUUUUUUUUUCCAGGUUCAUAAUUUAUUGUACAAAUUGAGUAUCACAUGAUGAGUUGACAUUAGUUUCUUCUGGCCAUGGAAACUUAACAGAUGAGGGACAGUUUAGAAUCCGUUUACAUUGCUUUCACAGCUGGGGUUUUUUUAGACCUUAACUUGAAGUAUAAGACUAUCAAAGCAAUACUUCCAUAUAGGGACAGUUUAGGAUCCGUUUACAUUGCUUUCACAGCUGGGGUUUUUUUAGACCUUAACUUGAAGUAUAAGACUAUCAAAGCAAUACUUCCAUAUGUGGCCAGUACACAAUUCAUUCUCCCUGUGACAGUGUAAGAGUUGAAAUAUUUUUUGAUACCAGUGAAUUGGAGCUGGGCAUGAGUUUCUGGACCUGCCAUGAUUUCAAUCUUUCAAAACGCUCAAACUCCGCAGCCCGCGUCCUUCAGUGUUGUGAGUUUUUUAAUCACAGUUUCCAUUUCAGUACUUGUGAUUGGUCUGUUCAUAUUUUCUAUUUCUUUCUGGUUCAGUCUUGGGAGAUUUUACCUUUCUAAGAAUUUGUCCAUUUCUUCCAGGUUAUCCAUUUUAUUGCUGUAUGGUUGCUUGUAGUAGUUUCUUAGGAUCCUUUGUAUUUCUGCGGUGUCUGUUGUAACUUCUCCUUUUUCAUUUCUAAUUUUAUUGAUUUGAGUCCUCUCACUUUUUUUCUUGAUGAGUCUGGCUAAGGGUUUAUCAAUUUUGUUCAUCUUCUCAAAUAACCAGCUUUUAGUUUCAUUGAUCUUUGUAAUUGUUUUUUUUUUUUGUCUCUAUUUAUUUCUGCUUUGAUUUUUAUGAUUUCUUUCCUUCUACUAACUCUGGGUUUUGUUUGUUCUUCUUUCUGUAGUUGCUUUAGGUGUCUAGUUAAGUUGUUUGAGAAUUUUCUUGUUUCUUGAGGUGAGAUUGUAUUGCUAUAAACUUCCCUCCUAGAACUGCUUUUGCUGCAUCCCAGGUUUUGGAUCAUUGUGUUUUCUUUUUUCUUUUUUUAAAGUUAAUUAAUUAAUUAAUUUUAUUGGCUGUGUUGGGUCUUUUUUGCUGUGCACUGGCUUUCUUUAGUUGCAUUGAGUGGGGGCUACUCUUCGUUGUGGUGCGUGGGCUCAUUGCCAUGGCUUCUCUUGUUGCAGAGCACGGGCUCUAGGCGCGUGGGCUUCAGUAGUUGCAGCACAUGGGCUCAAUAGUUGUGGCUUGUGGGGUCUAAAGUGCAGGCUCAAUAGUUGUGGCUCAUGGGCUUAGGGCUUAGUUGCUCCACUGCAUGUGGGAUCUUCCUGGAGCAGGAAUCGAACCCGUGUCCCCUGCAUUGGCAGGCGGAUUCUAACCACUGCGCCACCUAGGAAGCCCCCUGGAUCAUUGUGUUUUCAUUCUGAGUGGAAGGUGAUGGGACUUGGAUUUGGGUAGACUAGAUACAUUGAGAUGCUCUCCCUGAGCGCACCAGAUAAAAUAUUGUAGCAGAGUUUCUUUGUUUGCUGGAGUGACAAGAAGGGAAGAGGCCUCAGAGGCCUGGACCAGUGAGGGAGCUCCAAGUCCAGAGGAGACUGGGUCCUGGUGACUCUGAGCUGUGGCCUGCAGACCUGUCUGCAAAGAGCAGACAGGCCUGUCCUUGUGAGGCAUCUGAGUGACGCCCACGGAGUUGGGAUGGGAUGACUGAGCAACAAAGGAGCCAUCCUGGUGUAUCCCCUCCAAGAACCUGCAGCCAGUUGCAGCUAGGAGUCACUCCAGGAGGAGGUGGGGAGAGUGGAGGUGGGGGGUGGGGAGCUGCUGGGAGCCCAAGUCAGGAAGAUGGUGCACAGAGAGGAACUGUGAAAUUGAAGGUGACGAAGACAUGGGGGGGUGGUGAGGGCUUGGCCAGCCCGAUGAGGCAAGGCUCCCCUUAGGCAAGGAAACAGCCAGGCAGUUUUUUUUUUUUUU